CACCUGGGCGCCGCCUCGGGCACCACCGUCAGCCACGUCUCCGACAUCGUGGGGCAGGAGGGCGUGGUCUACGCGGUGGAGUUCUCGCACCGCUCGGGGCGGGACCUGCUCAACGUGGUCAAGAAAAGGACCAACGUGGUUCCCGUCAUCGAGGACGCCCGGCACCCCCACAAGUACAGGAUGCUCAUUGGUCAGUCCCACGGACCCAAAAUCGCCCGAAAUUACCCCAAAAAUCACCCCAGAAUCGCCCAAAAAUCACCCAAAAAUCACCUGAAAAAAUGACCCCAAAAUGACCCAAAAAUGACCCAAAAUAAACCCCCAGAGCCCCGGCACCCCCACAAGUACAGGAUGCUCAUUGGUCAGUCCAACGGACCCAAAAUCGCCUGAAAUUACCCCAAAAAUCACCCCCAAAUACCCCAAAAAUCACCCAAAAAUCACCUGAAAAAAUAACAGAGAAAUGACCCCAAAAUGACCCAAAAAUGCCCCAAAAUAACCCCCCGGAGCCCCGGCACCCCCACAAGUACAGGAUGCUCAUUGGUCAGUCCCGCGGACCCAAAAUCGCCCGAAAUCACCCCAAAAAUCACCCCCAAAUCGCCCAAAAGUCACCCGAAAAUCACCUGAAAAAAUAACAAAGAAAUGACCCAAAAACGCCCCAAAAUAACCCCCCAGAACCCCCACACCCCCACAAGUACAGGAUGCUCAUUGGUCAGUCCCACGGACCCAAAAUCGCCCGAAAUCACCCCAAAAAUCACCCCCAAAUACCCCAAAAAUCACCCGGAAAAAUAACCCCAAAAUGACCCCAAAAUGACCCCAAAAUGACCCAAAAAUGCCCCAAAAUAACCCCCCAGAGCCCCGGCACCCCCAGAAGUACAGGAUGCUCAUUGAUCAGUCCCACGGACCCAAAAUCGCCCGAAAUUACCCCAAAAAUCACCCCAAAAUCCCCCUAAAAAUCACCCGAAAAUCACCUUAAAAAAUAACACAGAAA